AUGCUGCCGUACCUGUUCCCUGAGCUGUCCACCUUUGCUACAGUCGCCGAUCUUAUCACCCACCUUCGCACUAGUGAUGCUCGCCUGCGUGCCGCCCUUCCCACCGAGUUCUGCGCUAAGAAUCCCCCUCCCCUGUACUGGACACUCCACUUCAUAGUCACCCUCGCCCUCCUAGAGGAGCAGCUGCUAGCGGCCGAAAAGAGCAUAGUAGCUGUCGGUGCUGCUCGUGGCGCUCCUCGCACCCCCAUCUUUGAGGGGUGUUCUCCCUCUCCCCUCGCUCCCUCCUACGCUACUGCUGCUGCUGUUGACUUCCUUGGUGCUGAGUCUGCUGGCGCUGCUUCUGCUCCUGGUGGGAGGCGCCGCACCGGCAAGGGCAAGGGGGGCAAGGGUGGCGGGGGUGGCGCUGGGGGGGGAGGAGGUGGGGGAGGUGGGGGGGGAGGCGGUGCUGGAGGGAGCGGUGGCGGGAGCGCUGGUGGGAGUGGGGUCGGCGGUGGAGGCGGGGGCGGCGGAGGAAGCAGUGGCAGUAGUGGCGGCGGCGGCGGUGGCGGCGGUGGCGGUGGUGGCGGUGGCGGUCGGAGCGGUGGUAGUGGUGGCGGCGGAGGUCGGAGUGGAGGCACUGGCUCGGGCCAGAGCUCCCAGCAGCAGCAGCGUCCCCAGACGACCCAGCAGCUUCGUGAGUGGCUUGCUCAGCGUGGGACGUCGGGGGGCAGUGGCCGCUGUUCCUAUGUCAUUCGCACAGGUGACCGCAAGGGACAGACGUGUGGGAGGUUCCACACCCCGUACCGUUGCUUCUCCCGCCUUGACGACGCUUGGCGUGAGGAGAUGGGCGAGGAUGUUGAGCGCCCCCGCUGGGCUGAGCUCAUGAGGGCUGGUGUUGAUAUCUUUGCUCUUGACUAUGAUGCUAUUAUUGCUGCCAUGUAUGCAUUGACUGUUAGUGCCGAGGGAGACUGUUACUUGUGUGUGCCGCCUGACCCAGGUAUAGAGCCCGCUGCCCUGGGUACUAGUGAGUCUGCUCUCUCUGGUAUGGUGCCCCCUGUACUUGCUCCCUCCAGUGCUGUCCCGGCUGUUUGCGAGUCUGCUCUCUCAGGUACAGCACUCACAGAGACUGCUCUCUCAGGUACCGCACCGGCUGAGGCCUGUCACACCUUCACCCUUGACUCAGUCCUUGCCCAGUCCACCACUGUGCUCCCUUGUCCGGCGGUUCCGUCUGGCUCGUUGUCUGGUUUCCACCUCCCCUCGUUCUCGACGAACCUGGUGAGCAACGCUGUCAUCCAGGAUCAGUGGGUUGACACCUUUACCCCUGGAGGACAGCGUGUGGCGAUCUGCACGUGCUCCAGGACCGGCCGUCACCUGGCUACGUUUACCCGUCGGCCGGGGUCGAGUCUCUACACACUGACCACUGCGUCUCCUCAGGUCGCUGCUGUCGGUCAGGUGUCCGCGUCAGGUCUGGUGGCCCACGCCUGUGAGUGUCGUUCCCUGUCGCACCAGACUCUUCUCUGGCACCACCGCCUGGGUCACCCCUCCUUGCCACGCCUCCGUGGCAUGCACCGUCGCCGCCUUGUGUCUGGUCUUCCCAGGUCCCUCCCUCCCCUCCCUGCCUCGCCUGCGCCGCCUUGCCUUCCUUGCGUCGAGGGGCGGCAGCGCGCCGCUCCUCACUCCUCCUCGUUCCCCCCGACAGAGGCUCCUCUGCAGACCCUCCACCUGGACGUGUGGGGCCCAGCCCGCGUUCGUGGCCAGGGCGGUGAGCGGUACUUUUUGCUGGUUGUCGACGACUACUCGCGUUACACCACGGUCUUCCCCUUGCGCACCAAGGGUGAGGUCGCUCGUACCUCCUUGGUCCACGCGGCGGCUCCCCAUUUUCUGUGGCCGUUUGCUGUCCGGUACGCCGCGCAUCAGCUCAACCUCUGGCCCCGUGUCUCCUUGCCGGAGACCUCGCCCACACUGCGUUGGACGGGGGAGGUUGGCGAUGCGUCGCGCUUCCGGGUGUGGGGUGCUCGUGCCCUUGUCCGCGAUACGUCCGCGGACAAGCUCUCCUCCCGCACACUUCCCUGUGUCUUCCUUGGCUUUGUCCCUGACGCGCCGGGCUGGCAGUUUUACCACCCCACCUCGCGCCGGGUCUUCGCCUCUCAGGACGUCACCUUUGACGAGUCGGUCCCUUUUUACCGUCUCUUCCCCUACCGCACUGCCCCCCUCCCUCCCCCGCCGCUUUUCCUUGCUCCUGGUCCCCCUCCGGUAGACCCCCUUCCCCCUCAGGGUCCUGCUCCUUCAGGUGUCUCUCAGGUAGACCCUCCUCCCGUCGCUGAGCCUGUCGAGGUCACAGGUGACUCAGGUGCUGCUGCAGGUGGUGCUGCUGGGAGUGCUGAGCCUGGGGGUGCUGAGCCUGCGGGUGCUGGGCCUGGGAGUGCUGGGACUGCGGGUGCUGGAGCUGAGGGUACUGUGCCUGGGAGUUCGGCGCCUGGGGGUGCUGAGCCUGGGGGUGCUGCGACUGGGGGUGCUGAGCCUGCGUGUGCGGAGUCUGGGGGUGCUGCGCCUGCGGGUACUGAGCCUGGGGGUGCUGCUACUGAGCCUACGGAGCCUCGGGUUGCUGCGUCUGGGGGUGCUCCAGUUUGGGGUGCUGAGCAGUCUCUCACACCGCAGCAGCUUCGUGACUGGUACGUCCGGCGCUUUCGCCGUCCUAGUGGCUCGGCUGGAGUUGGGGGUGCUGGAGCUGCUCGUCCUGGGGGUGCUCGUACUGGGGGUACUGGAGCUGCCGGGACUGGUUGUUCUGGGAGCACUACGACUGGAGCUGCUGGAGCUGGGGACUCUGGAGCUGGCGGUGCUAGCGGAGUUGGAGCUGCCGACUCUGGGGGUGCUCUUCCUAGCGGUGCUGCGGACCCUGGGGGUGGCGCUGCUGCUGGUGCUGCGGACCCACCUGGUGGAGCUGCUGCUGGUGCUGAGGACUCGGACGUUGGAGCUGCUGCUGGAGCUGAGGACCCGAGCGGUGGCGCUGCUGCUGGUGCUGGGGACCCGGACGCUGGAGCUCCUGCUGGUACUGAGGACCCGGCCGCUGGAGUCUCUUCUGCUUCUGGAGACGCUGCGCGGCCGCGGCCGUACUUCGUACCGCUCCUUCAGCAGGUUCUUGGGCAGGCUCCUCCUCCUUGUCCUCCUCCCUCCGUAGACUGUCCUCCGCCUGUCCAGCCGCAGUCACAGUUACCGCCUACCUCACCUCUCCCUGCUCCCUCUCCUUACACUGGUCCCACAGGAGGUCUUACCGAGCGUCGUGAGCCCGAGUCUCGUCCUGCGUCGCCUGUUCGUACUGCUCGCACUGGUCGUCGUGUCCGUCGUGAGCGUCCUCCUCCUGUCCCAGGCACUCACUACAUGACUCUGCGUCCAUCUACUGCUCCUCAGCGUGUCCCUCUACCGUCUCCUCCUGCGUCCUCUUUGCCUGCCGUUCCGGACCCUGAGUCUGACCGGUAUCGUGCUGAGCACCCUACUGUCACGCGUCUCCUAGCUACUGUUGUCACUGACCCUACCUUUGAGUCCUCGGCUGCGUCUGCUCUGGUCGCUGAGUUGGUUGACUUUGCUGCUGCCUGUCGUCUAGACUACGCUGCUCGCCUUGUUGCUGAGUCUGAGUCUGCGUCUGUCUGUCCUCCGUCCGUCGGGGGUGAGUGUGCUCUUGGCACGGACGUCCUUGAGGACAGGCAGGAGGACUUUGACUCUCUCGCGGCUGCUGUACCUCAUCUCGUGGCCUGGUUGCUUGCCCCUGAGGGAGACCCGGAUGCACUAGACAUCCCCACUCCGCGCACUUACGCAGAGGCGAUCUCGGGUCCCUACUCCUCUCAGUGGCAGACAGCCAUUGACGCAGAGAUGGCAUCCUGGAAGUCCACAGGCACCUACGUCGACGAGGUUCCCCCUCCUGGGGCGAACAUCGUCGAUGGCAUGUGGAUUUUCAGGGUGAAGCGGCCGCCAGGUUCUCUGCCUGUCUUCAAGGCUCGUUACGUUGCUAGAGGCUUCAGUCAGCGUCAGGGGGUCGACUUCUUCCAGACCUUCUCCCCCACCCCGAAGAUGACCACUCUUCGGGUUCUGCUGCACGUUGCUGCUCAGCGUGACUACGAGCUUCACUCUCUUGACUUCAGCACAGCGUUCCUGCAGGGCAGCCUGCACGAGGAGAUCUGGCUGCGCCGCCCACCUGGCUUUACUGGGUCGUUUCCUCCUGGUACCCAGUGGAGCCUCCGCCGGCCAGUCUACGGUCUCCGCCAGGCGCCACGUGAGUGGCACGACACACUGAGGACUACACUUGCGGCUCUUGGGUUCGCGCCGUCUACUGCUGACCCGUCGCUGUUUCUGCGCACAGACACGUCGCUGCCGCCGUUCUACAUUCUCGUGUACGUCGACGACUUGGUCUUUGCUACUUCUGACACUGAGGCACUCGCUCGUGUGAAGUCGGAGCUGCAGAAGAGACACACCUGCACUGACCUGGGUGAACUGCGUAGCUACCUUGGCUUGCAGAUCACCCGGGACAGAGCUCGCCGCACCAUCACCCUGACUCAGUCACACAUGGUGCAGCAGGUCCUUCAGCGCUUCGGCUUCCAGUUCUCCUCACCACAGGCCACACCUCUGGCUACCAGCCACUCGCUCUCAGCUCCACCUUCGGACGAGUCCGUAGAGCCGAGUGGCCCGUACCCAGAGCUUGUAGGCUGCCUCAUGUACCUGAUGACUUGCACGCGACCUGACCUCGUGUACCCUCUUAGCAUCUUUGUUCGUUACGUUGCGCCUGGGAGACACAGGCGAGAGCACUGGGAGGCUGCUAAGAGGGUGCUGCGUUACUUGUGCAGUACAUCAGGCAUGGGGCUGGUGCUUGGAGGACGCGACAGAGUUGUCCUCACUGGUCACUCGGACGCUUCUUGGGUGGACGACCUGGCUACGCAGCGGUCGUCACAGGGUUACACCUUCAGCCUUGGCUCUGGUUCUGUCUCGUGGCGGUCCACCCGCUCUUCUUCUGUUCUCGGCUCUAGUUGUGAGGCUGAGAUCUACGCCACAGCCAUGGCUGCACAGGAGUUACGCUGGCUCACCUACCUGCUGACUGACUUGGGAGAGCGGCCUAGUUCUCCUCCAGUUCUGUACGGUGACAACAAGGCGGCCCUUGCCUUGUGUCAGGAGCACAGACUGGAGCACAGGACGAAGCACAUUGCUCUUCGCUACUUUCUUGCUCGAGAGCUUCAGCAGCGCGGUCAGCUUCGGCUUGUGUACGUGGACUCGAAGGCCAACACUGCUGAUAUCUUCACCAAGGCGCUCCCGCCUAGUGAUCAUCAGCGACACUGUACUUCUUUAGGCCUUGUGUCCACAUUCCCUCAUUUGCUUACUGCUUGA